ACAGGGACACAGGGACAGGAGGGACACAGGGACAGGGAUGGGGUCUGGAGGGACAGGGACACAGGGACAGGACUCCAGGACAGACAGAGACACAAGGACAGGACUCCAGGACAGACAGACAGAGACACAAGGAUGGGCAGGGACACAAGGACAGGACUCCAGGACAGACAGGGACACAAGGACAGGACUCCAGGACAGACAGAGACACAAGGACAGGACUCCAGGAUGGGCAGGGACACAAGGACAGACAGGGACACAAGGACAGGACUCCAGGACAGACAGACAGAGACACAAGGACAGACAGGGACACAAGGACAGGACUCCAGGACAGACAGGAGCCCAGGGACAGCUGCUGUGCCCCAGGAAUGAUCUCCCAGGAGGGUUUUCCAUCAGGCAGCAGCACCACGUGGGCCUGGCUGGAAGCUCUGCAGCUCUGCCAGGCUCCUCGUGCCCCCUCCCUGCUGCCAGGGGGGGUCUGCUCCCCCCAAAGAUCUCCCAGAGCAGGGAAAUAAAUUUAUUUAAUAAAUAAAUAAACCUCUGUGAAGGCUGGGGGCAGCCCUGGAGGUGCCUGGCUGUGUGGGGAAUAACAAACCAGGAAUAAUUUGGGGGUUUUUGCCUUGCCAGGGAAUGAAUCCCAGCGGAGGCAGCGCUGGGAAGGAGCCUCAGAGCAGCUGAGAGAGGCCUGAGGAGGAGCUGCUGGAGGAGGGGACACCCCACUAACUGCACCAGCCUCCUGCCCCUACUAACAAAUGUCAGCAACUCGGGAGCAGCCCAUCUUCAGCACCAGGGCCCACGUGUUCCAGAUCGACCCUGCCACCAAGAGGAACUGGAUCCCUGCCAGCAAGCACGCCCUGACCGUCUCCUACUUCUACGAUGCCACCCGCAGCGUCUACAGGAUCAUCAGCGUGGGGGGCACCAAGGCCAUCAUCAACAGCACCAUCACCCCCAACAUGACGUUCACCAAGACCUCGCAGAAGUUCGGGCAGUGGGCUGACAGCAGGGCCAACACCGUCUACGGCCUGGGCUUCGCCUCCGAGCAGCACCUGAGCCAGUUUGCAGAGAAAUUCCAGGAGGUGAAGGAGGCAGCUCGAGUGGCCAGGGAGAAAUGCCAGGAUAAAACCGAGCUCACCAACCCCGCCCUGAGCCUGCCUUCCCACCAGGUGCUGCCCAGCCCCAUCCUCAGCUCCAACGGGCCCGGGGAGGACAAACUGUUCCGCAGCCAGAGCGCGGAUGUGGAGAUCAGCACCGAGAAGGAGAGGCUGAAGAAGAUGCUCUCGGAGGGGUCGGUGAGCGAGGUGCAGUGGGAGGCCGAGUUCUUCAGCCUGCAGGACAACAACUCCCGGCUGGCGGCCGCGCUGCACGAGGCCAACGCCAGCGUGGAGCAGUGGAAGAGAGAGCUGGCAGCGUCCCGGGAGGAGACAGAGACACUGAGACAGAGGGUGGCAGAGCUGGAGGUGGCACGGGGCACCCCGGAUUCCUCCAGUGACAACAACAAGGAGGAGCUGAGCCAGAGCCUGGAGGAGCUGGAGCUGCUGCUCAAGGCUAAGGAUGAGGAGAUCCAGCUGCUGAAGAGCCAGAGGUGCGGCCGCUGGGAGGCCGAGGGCGAGCGCGAGGAGACGCUGCAGAAGAUGCAGGAGCUGGAGGCCCGGAACGCGGAGCUGGAGCAGCGGCUGCAGCUGGCAGAGCAGAGCCUGGCAGAGAGCCUGGCACACAGGGACAGGGUGCACCACGAGGUCACCAGGGUGGCAGAAAUCAUGGAUGUGAAAAUCUUCGAGCUCAGCGAGCUCAGGCAGGGCCUGGCCAAGCUGGUGGAGAGCAACUGAGCAGCAGCAGCAGAGCCC